UACAACAGAACAGAAAACACUAUAUUUGACUUCGUUUCUUUCCCCACAUCAUUUCAUCCCAGUUUGAAACGUCAGAGAAAAAGAGUAUAUUAAUGAAAGGAGUAUGAAGACAAUAUCAAUGGUAUCCAGUGAAGUCUGGAAGAAAGUAUUUAUAGAUGUUAACAAGGCUGUUGUAUUUAUAGACAAUGCAUGUGCAGAAGUCCUUCAUUGGAAUGGUGGGUUGUCUGCCCUUACUGAAGCAGGAGCUGUUGAUGUUAAAGAAUUUUCAUCUUUUGAGAGUGCCCAGAGUCAUCAAAAGAAAGCUGUAUUUAUUACAAGUAGCUGCUUAGAAGAAGUGAUAACAAGGGAAAUAAUCCAAGAUAUAAUUCAGGCUAGUCAUUUUCAGUAUGUCAUCAUAAUAACAGCAGUGACUCCUAGAAUGCAUCUCUUCAAAAAAUCAGGAAGCUAUGAUGGUGAUACACAUUCCAUUUUUGAUGCACUGGAAGAAGAUCUCUUAGAAUGGAUGGAAAAUAUGAAUUACACAGCUGAGAUCAAGCAUAUACCUAUUCUUAUGUCUUGUAUAAGCAAUAACGUAUUUAUAACACCAGCAUUUACAGAGUUAUUCCCCUUGAUAGAAACAGAUGUCAAACAGCUCAGAAUACAACAUUCAAGUAAAAAGGUUGAGAAGAAACAAUUUGAAUGUUUAAAUGACCUUGACAUGACCUGUCUACCAGCUAAUCUACAGAUUUGGUUCAAAACAUUUGUUUCUAGUAUUGACAGUUUAUUGUCAGAAUUAGCUGUCAGUGAAGACUGCUACUCUAUAGGACCAACUAGUAGGAUCUUGGCUACUGAAUUGGCUAACUAUCCUCCAGCAAAGACGAGACGAAAGUCAACACAGAAUAAGGCCUCCAUUGUAUUUGUUGAUAGAACCUUAGACAUAGGAUCAUCAUGUACACACCAGACAGAAACUUUGUUUGAUAGAAUUGCUAGUGUAUUUCCUAGAUUACCAGGCCAUAACAAUGAUGUGCUAAUUGAUAUGUCAUCACUAUGUCAUGUACACAAAGAUGCCUCCUCAACUGUCUUGCCUGGGUGUUUAGCUUCAUUUAAUGGACACAGCCAACAACAUUUACAACCACUUCUAACAAAUAAAGUAAAGGAAGGUUUGAUGGAAGUAAACAGACAGUUGGUAGACACAGCUUCAAAAGAAAAUUUACCAUUAAAGCUUACAGGCAAACCUGGGCGAGUUACUGCAGAUCAGUUGGAAAAUACUCUUUCACUUUUCAAGGGGAAAUAUGACAUGAUUCUUAAACACAUCAAUACGUUACAAGUUUCUAUGGCAGUCUUCCAGCUGUUAAAAAGUCAGAGACAACAACAAUUAGAUAGUCUAUCAGGGAUUGAGAAACUGUUAAUACAGGGUUACAGUGAUGAGUCAGAUCCUUUAGAGGAGAUAUACAGACUUAUUAUCACAGAGACAGAGAAGUCAACAACUGAAAGGUCCUGCACAUUAGAUGAUAUAUUCUGUCUAAUUAUGUUUGUUUAUUCUGUAUAUGGGACCAGGAUUGGGGAUGAUAAAGAAGAACAAGUUAAGGCUGUUUUGGUGAAGUUUGUUUUGAAAGAGAAGAAUACAUUGCCACCAUUAACCCAGCAGAUUGUUGGUGAUACAAUAAAUGAAGAAGUUGUAACAGCCAUUCUGGAUGAUGCUUGGCAGAAGUUUAAAGCUAUAUCAUCUGCAAGAAACAACCUUAAACAAUUCAGUUCUGUAUGUGAAGAAAGUGCUUUAGGACCUUCACAGCUGAUGCCAAUACUUAAACAGCUGAUCAAUGUAAUGUUUGAUCCCAGCAAACCAGAACUUCCUGAUGUGGAGCUGAAAUCAUUAGGAUUUGGGGAUCUUUUGAAGUCUGGCUUUGGGUUAUUUAGGACAGUGAGUAAACCACGCCCUAGUGACCAUCCAUUACUGAUUAUAUUUGUUGUUGGAGGUGUAACUUCUACAGAACUCAAACAAAUAAAGGACUUAUGUGCAUCACUUAAACUUUCAUCACAGGUAAUUGUUGGGAGUACAAGACUAGUUAAACCAGAAGACAUUGUGACCUCAAUAUUAUGUCAAGAUAGAAUCAACAGGGUCUGAUUAUUGUGCAAUAAAUGGUUAAUUUAACUCUAUAAA